AUGGGGAUCGGAGCCCUGUGGAAACUUCUCAGCGCCGUGUUUUUAUUCCCCGAGGCAACGCGCGCACUCACAGAGCUCCCUGAAGAGUGCGUGCCGGGCGGCCACUCCGUCCUGCAGAACCCGUACCGCAGCACCAGCUUCAGCUCCAGCUGGCUGCAGAAGUCGGCCCAGCAGGACUUCGUCUGUGACCACUCCCUCGCUCCAGGCUGGUACCAGUUUCGGAUCUUCGACAAGCCGGCCAGCAUGCCCACCCACUGCGUGGAGGUAAACCACUGUGGGACGCAGGCUCCGGUGUGGCUGUCCCUGGGCGAGGGCGAGUCUCUGCCGGGCCCGCUGGAAGUCAGGCAGCUGACGGCCUGCGCCGCCUGGCAGAACUUCCAGAGCAGCGCCAAAGACUGCUGCAUGUUUCGCAUCCCAGUCACCGUCCGGAACUGCGGAGACUUCUACGUUUACCGGCUCCAGCCCACGCAGGGCUGCAUGGGGUACUGUGCACAAGGUGGGCCCAUUCCGGGACCUCCGACUCCGUCCGAGCCGGUGAUUUUCUCGGAAGAGACGGGUGACGGCGUCUACCUGAGGUGCAGCUUCCAGAGCAGCUCCAACGGCUCGCUGGGCUUCGUCGUGACCUGGUCUCGCCUCUCACCUGAGGGCAGGAGGGAGGAGCUCAAGCAGGAGACCACCAUCCACACCUCAGCCUUGAUGGAGCUGGACGGCUUCAACCUCCGCUUGGGGGACAAGAUUUACUGCUCCUGCUCCAGUUUCUUCUUGGAGGAUCCUGAUGUCCGAAGCGCUUCAGCGGAAAGCCGGGAGUUCUUUGCUGGGAUAAGGCUAAUACCAGAAGCGAGCAGCGUAUCUGAGGAUGGGCGGCGGUAUGAGCUGCUGGUCGAGAGCACAGUUCCUGUCCCGUGUCCAGAAGGGUCGUCUGCAGAGAAGUGCUCUCUGUCCCUGCAGCUCAGCACGAGCAGCCAAGAUGAUGGUGUGUUGGGUCCAGAUGUGUCUCUGUCGUCCUGCGUGGUGGAUCUGACCCGCGGCCCCUGCAGGGACGGGGUUUGCAGCCGGGUCCUGAUCCACUUCAGCCCCGUCACGGACUUCGUCAGGGAGGACGAUAAAAGAACUCUUAUCUCUGUUCAGCCCAUCGUCUCGCACAGUUUCCUCUGGAGCGGAUACACACCAGAACCCGUUCAGAUAGUAGUUCAGGAUGUUCCUGCUGCCUUCUGCUACUCCUUCACUGAUCCACACCUCAUCACGUUUGAUGGCAGGUACUAUGAGAACUAUCAAGUAGGCACCUUUGUUCUGUACAAGAGCAGCUUCUGGCCCUUCGAGGUCCACGUCCGUCAGUGGGAGUGCGGCAGCCUGGUGCACGCCGCCUCCUGCGUUUGUGGCUUCGUGGCGAGGCACGGAGGCGACGUUAUUGCCUUCGACAUGUGCGAUGGGGAAAUGGGCGAAACCAAGCCUCGGCUGACUGUGAAGAGCAGAGACCUGCGCCAGAGCGGCGCUCGGAUCGCCCAGUCCUACCAGGGACGCAAAGUCACCAUAACCUUCUCAUCUGGAGCGUUUGUUCGCGCCGACGUGUCCGACUGGGGGAUGAGUCUGACGCUGAGGGCCCCCGGGUCGGACCGGAGCCACACCGAGGGCCUGUGUGGGACCUACGACGGGCAGCCGGGCAACGACUUCCACGCAGCCGGUGGUGCCGACCUGGAGGAUGUGCAGGCGUUCCUCUCUGAAUGGAGGCUCCCCGCCGGCGGCAGCCUGUUUGACGCUCUGCCGUCCCACCUGGACACCCAGGAGAUCCACCAGCAUUGCUCCUGCCGAGUCCCGCCUCCCAGAACCCGGUCUGAACCGACCGCCUCCCCAGACUGCUCCAGUCACGGAAACGUCCAUCUCCACAGUGUCAUCCCCACGCUGGACGUCACGGCUGAGUACAUGAGCUCAGUGGAGCCGCUGACGGCUCCUGGAGGCCGCCGGAACCACCCGGGUCGCCCUGCCCGGAGGGGUGGCAGCCCCUCUAGAGGUAGAGGUCAGCGCCGGGGCCGACGACAAGCCCGAAGAUCCUCCUACUUCUUCCCGGAGGACCAGGAAGCACCGGCCCGGCCCGACGCGUCGCCGGUGUGGCCCACGCCGUCCGGCCUGACCCGGCAGCGGGCCCGGGCCCAGUGUCAGCGCGCCGUGGCCGACUCCAGCACGGCCGCCGGCUGCAGGCGGCUGCUGGAGGAGGUUCUGCUCCGCCACGUGGUGGCCAUGUGUGUGGCCGACCUGCAGCUGAAGGACGACACGUCCUGGCUGGGCGCCACCCUGCCCUUACUGGAGAACGAGUGCGAGAGGAGGCUGGUGGAGGCGCCGGGGGGAGAGGAGGAGCACCCGGAGGCCGUGGCCGCCCUCAAGUGUCCCGAUCUGUGCAACGGGAAUGGCCAGUGCACGGAGCGGGGGUGUGUCUGCUUCCCGGGGUUCGGGUCGUACGACUGCAGCGUCCUCUCUGACCAGAUCCCAGAAAUCAGCCGGCUGGAGGAAGACGGUCUGUGCGACGUCCGUAAAGGAGACUGUUCGCUCGUCCACGUCCACGGUCAGGGCUUCAAGAACUCCUAUGAGCUCAAGUGUGAGUUUGUUAAAGAGAAGUUUGAGGAUGGUGAAUGGGUUCUGGACGCGCCUCAGUUUGUGAAGGCCACGUUUCUGGACGUGACGGCCCUGGAGUGCCAGCUCCCCCUGGAGGACCGCCGGGCUCCUGCAGGCGUGGACUGGCGGACGGAGACGAACGGACCAGUGGCCCGCUGGCAGAUCAAAGUUUCCAACGACGGCUACGGCUACAGCAACGCCAAGGUCCUGACCCUGUACGACGGAGCCUGCCAGGUCUGCAGCCUCGGCGCUGACGUCGUCUGCACACUCAGGGAGAAAACCUGCAGCAUUGAGGGUGUCUGUUACGGCGAGGGGGAGUCCAGUCCUGGCAGCACUUGUCUCACAUGCCGUCCACAACUGUCCAAACACGCUUGGUCCAUAGCUGAGAACAACGAGCCUCCCCUGUUCCAGCCGCCGCCCCUUCGUCUCCGCUCCUUCCAGGAAGAGGAUUUCAUCUACCAGCUCCAGGCCCGGGACCCCGAGGGCUCCACGGUCCUCUUCAGGCUGCUGUCGGCUCCUGCAGGAGCGUCUCUGUCUCCCGCCGGCCUGCUGACGUGGAAGGCUGCCGCCGAACCCGCAGCUGAACCCGCAGCGACCCGCCGUUUCCACUUUACCGUGGCUGACGACUGCAGCGCUGAGACUGAAGCGUCUGUAGAGGUGUCCGUGCAGCCCUGCGGGUGUCUGAACGGAGCUUCGUGCGUCACAAACGUUGACCUCCCCGCCGGCAGCGGCGAGUACGCGUGUGUGUGUGUGGACGGGUUCACCGGGAGCCGGUGUGAGGUGGACGUGGACGACUGUAAACCCAACCCCUGUAGGCUGGGCCGCUGCGUGGACGGACCCAACUCCUUCUCCUGCAUCUGCCCGCCCGGGAUGACGGGUCGGACGUGCAGAGACGACGUGGACGAGUGCGUCUCCCGGCCCUGUUUCCCCGACGUGAGCUGCAGCAACACCCUGGGUUCCUUUACCUGUGGAUCCUGUCCACCAGGUUUUAGUGGCGACGGCGUCAACUGCAACCGGAACCCCAACUCUCCGGAGAGACCGGUGGCGACGGCAGCGAGGGCGCCGCAGGCGUCGCCGAGACCCAAACCGCGGGGCCCGUCGCCGUGCAGCAGGGGGCCGUGUUUCCCCGGGGUUCAGUGCGUCGAGAGCGUCCACGCGUCCACCGGUUUCGUCUGUGGACCGUGCCCUCCCGGUCUCUACGGAAACGGAAAAACAUGCACGCCAACCGGUCAGGACUCCGUCUCCAGUGGACCCAAUGGUCACGUUCUCAUCCCCGACUCCAUUUCUGACAAAGAAAAGACUUCUACUUCGCACUCCUCCUCUUCAUCAUCUCCCACCUCUCCCGGACGAGCCCCUGACAGGAAGCUGAGACCGGGGACGGCCGUCAGCAGCUCCAGGAGAGGCUCCGUUAUAGACGGGGAGACCUGGACGAUGCUCCAGAAUCAAACCGCGGCCGCAGUGACUGAUCCCAUCGUCCUGGGAGGUCAGAGCGGAGGGGUGGAGCUGACCCCCGACCUCUCAGCCGGAGUCGGAUGGAGGUUGCCGCCACAGCAAACCACCUGCGCCGACUCUCCCUGCUUUCCCGGCGUUGCCUGCGUGGCCACCGACUCGGGGUCCUUCAGGUGUGGGCGCUGCCCGCUCGGCUACACCGGCGAUGGAGUCGUGUGUAAAGCUGUGUGCAGGUACCAGUGCGGGAGGAACAUGGAGUGCUCCCGGCCCAACACCUGCACCUGCAGAGACGGCUACACCGGCUACAACUGUCACAUAGCCGUGUGCCGACCCGAUUGUAAGAACCAGGGGAAGUGUGUGACACCCAAUGUGUGUGAGUGUCCCGCGGGCUACGGCGGGCCCACCUGUGAGGAAGCGAGCUGCGAGCCUCCGUGUCGGCAUGGAGGCACCUGCGUGGACAGGAACCUGUGCACCUGCCCCUACGGCUACGUGGGACCCCGAUGUGAAAUCAUGGUGUGUAACAGGCACUGUGAGAACGGGGGGGAGUGUGUUUCUCCUGACGUCUGCAGAUGCAAACCCGGCUGGUACGGACCGACGUGUAACUCAGCUCUCUGUAACCCCGUCUGCCUGAACGGAGGGACAUGCGUGAAGUCCAACGUCUGCGCCUGUCCCGCUGGCUUCUACGGCUCUCAGUGUCAAAUCGCCGUCUGCAGCCCCCCCUGCAAGAACGGAGGCCAGUGCAUGAGAAACAACGUGUGUUCCUGCCCCGAAGGCUACACGGGGAAAAGGUGCCAGAAGAGUGUGUGCGAGCCAACGUGCAUGAAUGGAGGCAAGUGUGUGGGACCCAACGCGUGCUCCUGCGCGUCGGGGUGGCGGGGGAUGAGGUGCAACAUACCCGUCUGUCUGCAGAAGUGUAGGAAUGGUGGUGAGUGUCUGGGGCCGAACACCUGCCACUGCCCGGCCGGAUGGGAGGGCCUUCAGUGUCAAACACCUGUGUGCACACAGCGGUGCCUGAACGGAGGGAGGUGCGUGCUGCCCGGCCACUGCCACUGCCGGAGGGGCUACAAGGGCCUCACCUGCGCAGUCAAGGCAUCGCGAGCAUGAGAGGGAGAGAAUAAAAGACGGGACGACUAACGGAGGCACGAGGCGAGAGGAGAGAAGAUGAAACUGUUUGGUGUGUGUGAGUGUGAGAUGUGGAGACGACCCGUGUUUGUAUGUGUGCACGCCUGAACUCUUGACGGAGGGAUCGGCGUUUUGCGCUUGGUAUGUCGUCUCAGUGUAUCACUACCUCAAGGCUCACAGAAACACAUCUGGUCAAGGCAUCAGCGGAGCUUCAUAGCGAUAUCAUGGCCGCCCGGAGCGGAAACCUGUCUGUAAUUCUUCUAGCCGGGUAAUUUUUUGCACCUGAGACGGGCUUUUGCAAGUUUUUAACUAUUGAAGAUUGUUAUCAGGAGCUUCUAACUAUAUCACACAACUCUUUUGCAUCCUCAAAAGUCAGCAUGACCUAAAUUGCAGGUUAAUGUUAGCGUUAAGUCUUAUGGGACAUUGGCCCCUCGCUGACACACGAGUGGCCCCCGG